AUGCCCCGGCCGGGGAGGAACACGUACAGCGACCAGAAGCCUCCGUACUCGUACAUCUCCCUCACGGCCAUGGCCAUCCAGAGCUGCCCGGAGAAGAUGCUCCCUCUCAGUGACAUCUACAAGUUCAUCAUGGACCGGUUCCCGUACUACCGGGAGAACACGCAGCGGUGGCAGAACUCCCUGCGGCACAACCUCUCCUUCAACGACUGCUUCAUUAAGAUCCCCCGCAGACCGGACCAGCCCGGUAAGGGCAGCUUCUGGGCUCUGCACCCGAGCUGCGGCGACAUGUUCGAGAACGGAAGUUUCCUGCGGCGCAGGAAGCGCUUCAAGGUGGGCGGCGUGCUGGUGACGGACCCGCUGGCUCCCACCAAGCCGCAGGACACCGCCCACUACCUGCGGCUCAGCGCGCUGCACGCCGCCGCGCACCUCCCGCCGAUGUCGGGCGGGUACACGCUGAGCUCCGUGUCGCAGCCGUCCAGCUUCAAGCACCCGUUCGCCAUCGAGAACAUCAUCGCCAGAGAGUACAAGAUGCCGGGCGGGCUGGCCGCCUUCUCCCCCGCCGGGUACCCGCUCCACCACCAGCUGGCCCCGGCCUGGCCGCACAUGUACGGCUCCGGGAUGAUGGACAGCGCGGCUCCGAUCUCCAUGGCCAGCGACUACUUGGCCUACGGCAUGCCGCUCAAGUCGCUCUGUCACGGCGGACAGACUCUCCCCGCCGUCCCGGUGCCCAUCAAGGCCGCCUCGGGGCCGCGCCUGCCGGGCAUGUCGAGCCUUCCCACACACAUGCCGGCUUUCCUGGCGAACUCUCCCCAGUCUCUGAGCCCCACCUCCCCUCAGACCGGCCGGAGCAGCCCGGUGGCGCCCGGUGAGGCGCGGCACGUGGCGGCGCACUGA